GUGAGUGGGGGAAUGUGGGUGGCCAUGGCGGGUCUAUCCUCUUUUCUCUCAGUUUCAGUUUCAGGCGCAAAACAACGGCUAGUUUCUCUCUCUUCUCCUUCUCAUUCUCUCUCUAGAGAAAACAAUAUCUUCAUUAGAGCCAAACCCAAAUACCCAUUUACUGGCACUGUUUCUUUUCAUAUCAAAUUCCUUUCAGGGAGCCUCUGUUCUUGUCCGAUCUCCUCACUUCUCUUCCUUUCUAAGAAUCUCUCUCCAUUGAAGACCCACUAUUUUAAAGUACCCGCUUCGCAGAAAUGCCCUCAAAAAACCACAGGAAGAGACUCUUUGGUCGUCAGAGAAGCAGUCUGCGACGAGGAAUUAUGGGCUGCAGCUUGUCUUCGUGUUCGAACUUUUUAUGAAUGCAAGCAAACUUUUGGAAUUGAGGAUCAUAAAAAGUACUUGGCGGAGAGGGAAUUUGGGGCACUGAAAGAGCGGAUAGCUGGGGAAAGGGUAGGAUUCAAUCGCGUUGCUUGCAUUAAUGCUACCCUUUCAGUAUCACAAUUUUCAAAGCCUGCAGAUGACUUGUGCUCGUCAUGCAAGUUUUCGACAAAUGGAGAGGAUCGAGUUGUGAUUGGGACCUUGGAUCUGAACCAAGCUAUGAGGCUUGCUGAUGAAAUAACAGGGAAGAGGCCAGAGGGCAUUGGAGCUGACUUCGCAAGGGCCUACCUUAGCAAUGUAUGUGUAGCUACAGAGUUACAUAGAAAAGGAGUGGGCUAUGGACUUGUUGCCAAGUCCAAAAAGGUUGCUUUGGAAUGGGGCAUAACUGAUCUUUAUGCUCAUGUUGCUGUGGACAAUGAUGCGGCCAAGAGACUCUAUCACAAAAGUGGUUUCAUAUAUGAGAAUGAUGAACCUGCGUGGCAGGCUAGAUUCCUAGGUAGGCCAAGACGCCUUCUUUUAUGGGCUGACCUGACUAAAACUAACCUUUGAAUGUAUAAAGAGUUGGUAAAUGUAUAUCUUUUUUGGUUGUUUUCUAACCGUAAUAUUGCCUUUAUAUUAGUAAUUGAAAUUGUGUUUUUGCACUCAA